AUGUCCACCCCCAACCCCAACCCCAUCCCCAUUCAUCCAGAUUACUUCAGUUGGGAUAAAGACGAGAUAUAUCGAGACUUCUGGAAAACAGGGAUAUACGUGUGCUCUCAAUGUGAUCACGAGUUGUUCACUUCAGUGUCCAAAUACAGACACCACAGCCCGUGGCCCGCAUUCUCUGAGACACUACUCGAUGCCAGUGUUCAACGAAAACGAGAUUUAGGCGAAGGAUUUGUCGGAAGAUUUGCUUUUAAAAUAACGUGUGGUAAAUGUGGUAAUGGUUUAGGACAUGAGUUGGUCAAUGAGGGGCCAGAAGGAAAGUCUCGCUUUUGAAUAUCUUCAGAGGCUCUCAAAUUUAUUCCCAAAGAAGAAUUAUCACCAGAAAUGGUCAACAAAUUGAAUAUUUUGGACAUAAAACAUAAUAAACUCAAUGAGACAAAUGAUGACAAUAAGUGAUUACUUGAAUGUAUUAGAGAUAGCAUCAGAUGAAGACCUUUUGUUAGAGCUCGUGGAGAGACAGAAGAGACUGAAGAUAUUGUUAUCUUUAAUAAAACACUAUUUUCUAAAUGCUAUUUAAAUAUUUUAUUUAAUGGUAAUGCAAACCAAACAAAGAUUAGUAACUAUUAAAGAAAACACACAAAUGUUAGACUUAUAUAAUGAAAUGAGUUUUGUUAACAAAAGUAUUAAAAUGUUAAUUAAAUGCCAAAAACAAAGUGUUAAAUGAAGGAAGUCGUGUUAUUAGUAGAAAUAGUAGAUUGGAUUAUAAGGGC